AAAUAUUGUACGGUAGACAUCCCAGAGAUGCCCCCAUGCAGUUUCAAACCAGAGGAAUACAAGGGUAUGUCCAAAGAGCAGAUGAUGGAGAUCCGCAAGCAGAACUGCAACCCCAUGACCAUGAAGAUAACUUACUAUAAGAAGCCCGUGUUCAUCCACCAGGGCUACAUGCAGUGGCUGUGGGAUGUGGAUGGGAAGCGAUAUUUGGAUUUAUUUGCCGGUGUGGCUACCGUCAGUGUGGGCCACUGCCACCCAAAAGUCACAGCUGUGAUACAGAAGCAGCUGAAGAAACUGUGGCAUACUACUAACAUCUACAUCCAUCCUGAACUGCAUGAGUAUUGUGACAAACUCGCCUCCUACUUACCAGAUCCUCUUAAGGUGAUUUAUCUGACCAACAGCGGCUCGGAAGCCAAUGAGCUUGCAAUGCUGAUGGCUCGCCUUCACACUGGCAACUUUGAUAUAAUCACCUUCAGGGGAUCAUAUCAUGGUGGAAGCCAACAGACCGUGGGUCUUACUGCAAACUCAUCUUACAAGUUCCCCAUUGCCACAAGUUCAGGAUGUAUACAUACCAUGUGCCCUGAUGUGUUUAGAGGUCCUUGGGGAGGAAGCUACUGCAGGGACUCUCCUGUGCAGACCAUCAGACAGUGUAGCUGUGCUCAAGGUGCUUGCAUAGCAAAUAAACAUUACAUUGAACAGUUAGAAGAGACAUUUGCUACCAGCGCUCCAAGUCAAAUUGCAGCUUUCUUUGGAGAGCCUAUUCAGGGCAUGGGAGGAGCUGUACAGUACCCGAAAAACUAUCUCAAGGAAGCUUACAAACUUGUAAGACAGAGAGGAGGAAUCUGCAUUGCUGAUGAGGUCCAGACUGGAUUUGGCCGAACGGGAAGCCACUUUUGGGGUUUCCAAGGUCAUGAUGUCAUUCCUGACAUGGUUACAAUGGCAAAGGGUAUUGGCAAUGGAUUCCCAGUGAGAGCUGUUGUUACCACACAAGAAAUUGCUGCUUCCUUUGUGAAAGCCUCCCACUUCAACACAUUCGGAGGAAAUCCCUUGGCGUGUGCCGUUGCUUCAUCAGUUCUCGAUACUAUCAGAGAGGAUAGCACUCAGCACAACAGUCUUCAUGUGGGGACCUAUCUGAUGACGCAAAUGGCUGAACUCAGAGACAAAUAUGAGAUUAUCGGUGAUGUCCGUGGAAAAGGCCUCCAGAUCGGCGUGGAAAUGGUUAAAGACAAGGGCAGCAGAGAGCCGCUGCCUCCUGAAGCAAUGAGUGAGAUCCUUGAGGACAUCAAGGACAUGGGAGUCCUGAUAGGCAAAGGAGGAGUGUACGGACAGACCUUCCGCAUACAACCCCUCAUGUGCAUCACGAGGGAGGAUGUAGAUUUCUUCCUGGCGGUGUUUAAUAAAGCAAUCUCGGGCUACACGGACAGAAAAUGA